AUUGAAAAGAAGAAUUAGGAUCGUAUCAAAAUGCAAGGACUAGGGUUGCAAAGUAUAAAGAAAAAUCCAGCACUGAUCCCACUCUAUGUCUGUGUUGCUGCUGGAGCCAUUGGUGCUGUCUAUUAUAUGGCUCGUCUAGCCACCAGAAAUCCAGACGUAACAUGGAAUCGCUCAACGAACCCAGAACCAUGGCAAGAGUACAAAGACAAACAAUAUAAGUUUUAUUCUCCUGUGAGGGACUAUUCAAAAACAAAGAGUGCUGCUCCAAACUAUGAGGAAUAAAAUCUUUAACAUGUUAUUAAAUUCUAUAUGAAAACUAAAUGCAUUCAAUGAAUUAAAAAUGUCGAAGUUUUUAUUGA